UUGUAGUUCACAGCAGGCUGGGAAACAAUUCAUUCGAGCACUCACUAUUUUCCAUUUGAAAUUUUCUAGUUAUAAAAACUCUUUCGACAUGUCCAAAAUUAAUGAAAAUUUGCCAAAAACAAUGGAUGACAAUUUGCCAACAAACUCAAACGAACCAAGGCCAAGCCUCAGUCCCAACGAAGAGCUAAAUGAAUUAAGCGCCAGCUUCAUCGACGACUGCUCGCAGCAAGGCUCAAAUGCUGAUCCACAAAUGGAGAAACUUGUGGCACAAUGCUUAAGGGAACUGAAGUCAAUCAGGCGCUUUGAUGCCACCAAUAAAGAGGCCAUCAUGAGCUUCAUCAUGCCAAAGGUUAUGGCUCAAUUGCAGAGCCCGAAUGCCCUUGCCGAAAAGCUACAAACAAUGAGAACCGAACUCGAGUCGUGCAAACUGAAUAUGUACGAAAUGAAUAAGGAUUUGGCAGAUAUAUUUCUGGAUUUGCAUUACAUAUACAAAAAGCUGGAGGUGAAUGAUAAAAGGAAUGUAUUAUUGAGCAAGCAAGAUCGUGAGAAACUGCGGAAAUGUGCCCAGGAAGCGGAGACGCUGCAAGAGCGCAAUAAACAUUUUCUUUCAAACGAUCCGCGAGAGUUGAGUGCCAUGUUUAAGGCACCCGAAGAGCAGCCAGAGCAGUAGAUCGAUCAAGGACUGGGGCUGGCUAAGGCUGGAGCCAUAAAAGAAAGAAAGAAAAGCGUGGUGUGUGAGAGAGAGAGAGAUGCAUAAAAAGCAAUUCGGCUUUUGUGGCUUUUAGGGCUGAUUGUAAAAGACGCCACAAACAAAUGAAGUUGUCACCGGCUGCUGCCAACAGUCCAGAGUCAGAGGCAGAUGGAGACGCAGACCGCGAAAAGUCGCAUCGGAAAAUGGAAAGUUGAGGCAAGGCAAGGCAGGGCAGGGCAAGGCAAAGCGCGAAUGGACCUAGGACCUGCAGUGCCUGCAAUGCCUGCAAUGCCUGCAGUGUGCAGUGUUCCAACUAACGAAUAGUCUUUAAUCUUCUUAAGUGCGAUGGCCCUGGCUAUGGGCACAGCUACUGCUGCUGCUACUGCUGCUGCUGCUGCUGCUGCUGGACCGGACCUGUCAUCGAAGCAGAACGAGUGUGAGAGUUUGGUAAUAAACCAGGCCAAGGAGUAAACAAGUCAACGAGCUUUCAAAUGGUUUUCGUUUCGUUCUGUGCAGCCAAUUUCUUUCAUUCUUUCUUCAUCUCUCAUUCGUGUGGUUUUGUGCGAGAGCAAGAGAAAUAAAGCAACAGAAUUCGUGCUUUGAUUAAAGCGAUUUUAAGGUA